AUGCCUGUUCUGAUAGUCAAAGAUUACCCUAGACGAAUUACUUCAACGUUCGAAACAAAGAUGAAUGACAUUCAUAAUUCUGCCCAGGCUGCCCGUACCAUUUCCAACCUCGAGCGCCUCGUCGACCGUGACGAGGCACUGAUCCGCGACUGGGACGAGACCCGCGCACCCCGUCGCCUUCUUUCCGAUGGAACGUACGACGAGACACCACGCCUCAGCAAGGCAUAUCUCAAGACCGACCCAAGAUAUGCUGAAGUCAGGGAGCAGCCUGCAAUCGGACGAGCCUUUUCUCGUACCUUCAUCGGUAAAGUUCAGCAGGCUGCUGGGUUUCCGGUCAGAAAAGACUUCAUGAUCCACCAUUCGAUUCCGCAGGACUGUGAGCUUGGGCAGGCCUGUAACCACUGGAGCAUCUUGGAUGAAGCGCAUUGGCACAACCACCCUGAAUCUCUUUGUCUUCAGGUCGUUGCGGUGCGAAGCGACUUUGUUGCUCUAGGUCAGAGCGGCUUUGGCCUGGUUCACAUGUUUGAUGAUCGGGAGCCUCAACAGGAUAGGAUAUCUACCAUGCCUUCGUACAUCUUCAAGUUUAUAAAGCCGGAUUUCAGCAUCCUUGAGCGAGUUGGGUACACAGUUGUUUGUUGGAGACUGGUUGACGCUUCUCCCGAUGCAGAGAUCAAGUGGAUGGAUCAGUAUGGACGUUGUAUGUAA